AUGAACUCCCCAGAAGGGCCAAGCUUCAGGCCAGAGCUGUUCUCUGGUGGCGCCUCCCCGAGCUGUGAUGAGGGCUUCUUCCCCUUCGUGCUGGAGCGGCGGGACUCAUUCCUGGGAGGGGGCCCAGGCCCCCAGGAGCCCGAGGACCUGGCCCUGCAGCUGCAGCAGAAGGAAAAAGAUUUGCUGUUGGCCGCAGAACUUGGCAAGAUGCUUCUGGAGCGCAAUGAGGAGCUGCAGCGGCAGCUGGAGACGCUGAGCACCCAGCACUCUGAGCGUGAGGAAUGGCUGCAGCAGGAGAACCAUGAGCUCCGCCGGGGCCUGGCAGCACGGGGAGCUGAGUGGGAGGCCAGGGCUGUUGAGCUGGAGGGGGAUGUGGAAGCCCUGCGGGCCCAGCUUGGGGAACAACGCUCAGAGCAGCAGGACAGUGGACGAGAACGCGCACAGGCCCUCAGAGAACUCAGCGAGCAGAACCUACGGCUCAGCCAGCAGUUGGCCCAGGCCUCCCAGACUGAGCAGGAGCUUCAGAGAGAACUAGAUGGCCUUCGAGGGCAGUGCCAAACCCAGGCCCUGGCCAGAGCAGAGCUGAGGACACGACUGGAAAGUCUGCAGGGGGAGAACCAGAUGCUGCAGAGUCGCCGGCAGGACCUGGAGGCCCAGAUCCGAGGCCUGCGUGAGGAGGUGGAGAAGGGCCAGGGCAGGCUACAGGCAACCCACGAGGAGCUGUUGCUGUUGCGGCGAGAGAGGCGGGAGCACAACUUGGAGCUGGAAAGCGCACGCUCAGAGGCAAGGGAGGCACUGAGUAUGCUGCGGAGGCUGCAGCGGCGAGUCUCGGAGCUGGAGGAGGUGUCACGCCUCCAGGACGCUGACACAUCCGGGGCCUCACUGCAGUCAGAGCUUGCCCAUAGCCUUGACAGCAAUCAGGACCAGAUUGCAGAUGGACACACAGACACCGAGACCAUUCUGUCCCCGGAGACCCAGGAGGUGUCCAGUCAGAAGUCUUCGCCCCAGGAAGAGACCUUGGAGCCUCCCAAAAAGAGAGCAUCCCUGAACCCAGGGGAGAUGCUGGAGGAGAAGGAGAUGGAAGUGGCCCAGCUGUAGGAUGAGGUGGAGCUUCAGCGGGCAGAGCUACAGUCCCUGAGGGAGGAGCUGCAAAGGCAGAAGGAGCUGCGGGAGCAGGACCCCGAGGAGGCCCUAAGCAGCGCCCUCUCAGACAGGGAGAAGGCUGUGAACAAGGCCCUGGAACUGUCCCUGGAGCUCAGCCGUGUCUCUCUGGAGCGGGACUCCCUCUCCCGGGAGCUGCUUCGCACCAUCCGCCAGAAGGUGGCGCUGACGCAAGAGCUGGAGGCCUGGCAGGAUGACAUGCAAGUGGUGAUCGGGCAGCAGCUGCGCUCCCAACGCCAGAAGGAGCUGAGUGCGGCUAGAUCCGCUCAGAGUCGUCCAGCGCCCGGCUUCUCGCUGCGCCGGGGCCCUGGACAUGCCGGCGGCUUCUUCAGCAACCUCUUCCGAAGGACCUGA